AUGAGCCUCCUUGCUUGGUGCUUGCUCUCGGCGGCUUCGGCGUCUUCGGCGGCGGCGGCUUCGCCUGUCCUCGCGGUGUUCGGCCACAAGGUCCCGGACACGGACACUGUGACAGCGGCUCUGGUUUAUGCCUGGGAGCUGAAUGCCCGCAACAUCUCUGCAACGGCCUAUCGCCUCGGUGAGCUGAAUCCAGAGACAGACUUUGUGCUCAAGCGCCUUGGUGUAACGGUGCCCCCACUUUUGGCCGACGUCUCGGGGAAGGACACCGUGGCUGUGGUGGACACAAACAACCCGCAAGAGCUCCCCGAGGGCAUCCUGAAAGCCAGCAUCCACUCCAUCGUAGACCACCACAAGCUCAGCGGCCUCACCAACGCAGAGCCUUUGGAGGUGGACAUGCGGCCCCUGUGCUCUGCCACAAGUAUCCUUUACGCGCGAGCCAAGCUUAUCGGCUUGUCCCCGCCGAAGGAGGUGGCGGGCUUGAUGCUUGCAGGAAUUCUGUCGGACUCCUUGGAGUUUCGAUCGCCGACGACCACUGAGCUCGACAAGACCCACGCCGCUGAGCUGGGCAAGCUCGCCGGCCUCGAUGUUCACGACUUCGCCGAGGGGAUGCUGGAGGCGAAGGCCAACGUGGACCACUUGAGCCCGUCAGAGCUGAUAAUGAUGGACACGAAGAUUUUCACGAUCGGAGGAAAGAAGCUUCGGGUGUCGGUCAUGGAGACGACCAAGGCCUCUGGACCACUGGCAAAGAAGGACGAGCUGGUAGCUGCCAUGAAAAAGUUGACUGCGGACGAGAAGCUGGACGAUGUGCUGUUCUUCGCAGCCUGGCAGGAUAGUGCCAAAAAAUCAAGCACGGACAAUGUAUUGCGGUUUUCUGCUCUCAUCGAAUCACUUGGUGCCCUGCGUCAGGGAAGCGACCUAAACAUUGUCCAGUGA